AUGGAAGCGCAGCCUUUCAACUCUCCUCUCUCUGCUAUCGGGGCUACCAACUACUUAUUCGAACAGAAGCUUAGAGAGGUGGUGGCUUCUGCGUGUGAAGAUUACGCGCGCACCCGCCGGUGGCUUUCUCAUUCCAGUACAAGCAAGAAGAAGCAGCAGCAGCAACAGCAGCAGCAGCAGCAGCAGCAGGAUUAUAGAUCGGGUUUAGCAGCAGAAGAGCUUGAAUUGCUGCUGCGUGUUGCAUAUCACCGCCGCUGCAUGCAGCCAGGAGAGGCUGUCGGGGUAAUUGCGGCCCAGUCAAUUGGAGAACCCGCAACCCAAAUGACCCUCAACACUUUCCACUUG